CGAGGGGAGGGGGCAGCACUGACAAGAAUGGAAGAGGAGAGGAGGGAGGUAAGCGAGCCCGAAAUGCUUACUUAAGAAAAGAAGCUCGUGUAUACCAGGAAAUAGAGGAAGGAAGUCUCCCGUGAGAGGUGAUUUGGGAAGAGCCGGCUGAGCACAGAAUUGCUUCUGGGACGGCGAAGACGGCGUCGAGGAAAGGGAAGCAGGUGGAGAAAUGGAGGGCUGGACCGUUAAGAGUCAGAAAGCCGUGGAGGCAUUGAAGAGACUGUCAGGAAUCGGGGCGAGCCUUGAAGGAGACCCCGAAGUCUGCAGGUGUAAGGAGAAGCUCAGAGGAGGCGGCUCCUCCAAGAAGCCGGCCGCCGAGGGCUGUGCAAGUUGCGUUCGUGCCGGCGAGCCAAAGGACGGCGCCCGGGAGCUCUUGAUGGCUUCGGAGGAGCAGCACUGGCCCGUGCCAAUGAAGGCCAUUGGAGCUCAGAAUCUCUUGACGAUGCCCGGGGGAGUGGUCAAGUCCGGAUACCUUCACAAAAAAGGUGGUACCCAGCUGCAGUUGCUAAAAUGGCCAUUGCGGUUUGUGAUUAUCCACAAGAGAUGUAUUUAUUACUUUAAGAGUAGCACAUCAGCAUCUCCCCAAGGGGCCUUCUCCCUGAGUGGCUAUAACCGGGUAAUGCGAGCUGCUGAGGAAACAACAUCAAACAACGUCUUUCCCUUCAAGAUUGUUCAUAUUAGCAAGAAACACCGAACCUGGUUCUUUUCAGCCUCCUCUGAAGAUGAAAGAAAGAGUUGGAUGGCCCUGCUAAGGAAAGAAAUAGGCCACUACCAUGAGAAGAAAGAGCCAUCAUUAGAUUUCAGCGACUCGAGUUCUGACACAGAUAGCUUCUAUGGCUCUGUGGAACGCCCCAUUGAUAUCAGUUUAUCUCCAUAUCCCACUGAUAAUGAAGACUAUGAACAUGAUGAUGAUGAUGACUCCUACAUGGAGCCAGAUACCCCAGAUUCCAUGAAAGUUGAAGAUAUUAUGAUUCACCCACCAACUUAUCCCCCACCUCCGAUCCCUAUUCCAAGAAAACCAACCUACUCAGAAACACAGCGGUCCCACUCGUUUUCCAGCAAGGGCUCCACACCUCUUCACCCUCCUCCACCUCCCAAAAGAGGCCUGCCAGAAAUCAAUCCUGAGGACCUGAAAAGAGAAGUGAUCUCUUCUUGGAGGCCAGAGCCCAAUCUGAAAGUGCCCUCUCCCAGUCGAAGACAGAGUGAUCCACCCCUGGGAAAUCUACCUCCUAUGCCCAGCUUCAGAAAACCAGCUUCUCCAGAGGUCGCAUCUGUCAGUCACCUUCUGAAUACUUCCAAAAACUGUGACAAGUUAAAAUCCAUCCACCUGUCUCCUCGAGGAGCAUUUCAAGGAUCGCCUCUGACUGAACCCCCUCCAAUCCCAACCAUUAAGCCCAAAUUGAUAAAGGUGGGAGAGUUACCGCCUGUAAGAGAAGCUAUUAAACCUGGACUCUUUGUGCCCCCUGUGACUCCCAAACCACCGGUCUUGACACCUAAGCACUCUGUGUCAGAACUGAAACCCAGAAUUGAAAAACCUCCACUUCCUCAACUACAGAGAUCCCCACCAGAUGGACAGAGUUUCAGAAGCUUUUCCUUUGAGAAACCUUCAGUCUCAACUAAGUUUGAUACAAGCUGCGAGGAUUCAGAUGAAGACUAUGAAAAGGUGCCGCUGCCUAGCUCCAUCUUUGUCAACACCACGGAAUCCUAUGAAGUGGAAAACUUGUUUAAAGCCACUGAUCCUAGGGGACAACCACAAGAUGGACUCUACUGUAUUAGAAAUUCUUCGAAGACAGGAAAGGUUUUAGUUGUGUGGGAUGAAUCCUUUAACAAAGUGAGAAACUACCGGAUUUUUGAAAAGGACUCCAGAUUUUACCUUGAGGGAGAGCUUUUGUUUCUGAGCAUCGGAAGCCUGGUUGAGCACUAUUACACCCACGUUCUGCCUGGUCACAAGAGCCUGCUUCUUCAGCAUCCCUAUGGAUACUCAGGGCCCAGGUGACACCUGUCUGACUUAGCAUUUUGGUGCAAUAAUUGAAUCUGGAGACAGAAGAAGAAAAGAAAGACUUGGAUGGUUGGUCUUGACUUCUACUGACAGCUGACCACCCAACUUGGGUCCUCGAUUUCAUCUGUCCUGCAUGUUAUUCUGAACCUGUGUUAUAGUUCUGCUCUGUAUUCCUCCCAGAAGCAGGUGAAUUGGGUUCACUCCCCACCUCUCUUCCAUUAAUUUCCCCCACUGAGUCCUCAAGGAGUGAAUGCAUCAUCAUAAAAAAGCACACCCUCAACUCCAUUUCCCAAGCAGUUCUUAAAGAUCUUCUUCUCUGGUGGCCAAACUGGAUAGAUCAAUGACAAUAUUCGGAAAAGGUCACUAUGGAAAUGGACAGAAAUACUUUUAUGGAUCAGGGCACAAGAUACUGUGUCUCAUAAUUGCUGAGUCAACUUGAGAAAUCUUAGCAAUAGAAUGACAGAACUAAUGACUUAAGGCAGCUAGAUAGUUUGAUGAAUGGAGCAUGGGACCUGGAGUUCAAAUCCAGCCUCAGACACUUACUAGCUGUGUGACCCUGGGCAAGUCACUGAAUCAGUUUGCCUCAGUUUUCUCAUCUGUAAAAUGGGGAUAAUAAUAGCACCUACCUCCCAGGGUUGUUCUGUCAUAAUAAUUGUAAAGCGCUUAGCACAGUGCCUGGCACAUAAUAGGCACCGUAUAAAUGCUAGCUGUUGUUAUUAAUGGAUUGUUUUCAAUUGUAUUAAACAUGAAAAAUUGUAUUUAACUUACUUGGGUUUCGAGCAAGAAACAUUUCAGAGUGACCUCACACAGACUCCACUCUUCUUUUUGCCUGCUGGCCAGGAAUAUAUUCACAAGCAACAAAAUGAACUGAGAAUAUUGGAGAAAGGAAACUAUCUGCCAUUCAUAAGGAGGAGCAAGAGAAGAGAGACCCACCUGGGGAGGUGGUGGAUCCUUACUAAGGAUGAGCAUGGGAAUGGACUAUUUGAAAAGGGGAUUGUUAUGAGGCUCUCCAUCCUGGGCAAGCCAUUUGAUACUUAGGAUUUCUCCUGGACUGGGUGUGCACAAUGUCCUCUUGGGUUCCUCUCAGUGACCAUUUUGCAAAGUGUCAUUGGGAAACCACUCUCCAUUGCACAAAGAUGCAGACUGAGCCCUCCUUUCAUCCUAGACUCUUGGGCUCAUGUUCCUCAGCAGCAAGCCAACCAAAGGACUUGUUCUUGUGCAACCCAUGUGAUGCUGACCCUUUUGUUCCCAUCAUGGGCUGAUUAAAGACAAAUGGGGACUUGGCGCCAAGAGAGGGAGGAGACUCUCAAGACAUUCGAAGUUUGCAUUGCAGCAGACUUUUCUUUUUUCUCUGGGGACAAUUAACUCGGCAUGGAAUGUUUGUCCUUUGAUAUUCCCCCUGUGCUAAACUCUAAUUAAAGAGGAAUUCUGAUGGUAACUAAUAAACCAGAACUCAAAACAUUCCUGAUUACACAGGCUUGACCAGUUCUAUCAGGAAUGGGCUCUGAGACCAAGCUGGGAAAUCUGCUCAGUUCAAUAUUGCACUAAGAUGGGAGCUUUCAUGUUUCUCUUGCUCCUUAGGAUUCCUACAUUUCCUGGCAAUGCUCCCAAGUAAAGGAAAAGAUGAUGUUCAAUCACAGAAUCUAUCUAACCCAGUCCUAAAGCAUGAGUCCUAUUUAUAAUAUAUAAAAAUAUAUUUUUUUCCCACUUGAACUCCACUACUAUUGAGGAACUCAUCUCAUUCUGUUCCUGGGUAGCUUUGUUAGCAAUGGCUUCUUUUUAGCCUGUCAUUGCAGUCAUAGUCUGCUGCCCCAAAUGGAAUUGCAAGGCAGACUUUUGCUUAAUUUCAUGAAGAACUUCACAAUCAUCUCUCCUAAUCCUCCCAGCUAUUAGUACCUUCUUCUUCUUUCUUCCAAAUCAUCUUGAAUCUAUUUUAUCUAUUUUGAUAUAGGUACAUAUUUCUUCCACAGAUAGACUAAAUUUCUUGAGGGCAGAGAUGAUUUCAUUUUUGUCUUCAAAAUCCCCAAUGUCUAGUAGUGUCUGGCACACAAUCAGUACUUGCUCAUUGAUUGUGGUUCAGUAUAAGAACCUUCUAACAAAACUGGCCAACAGUGAAUUAGGCUACCAUAUAAGGAAUCAGUGAGUUCCCCAUCCUUGGAGGUGUUUAAUUGGGAUGUUGAAGAAUAAGAUUUAUGACUUGAGUCUGAGUUGGAAUAAAUGAUCUGAGUUUCUUUCCCAAUGUGGAAAUUUUCAGUUUUCAAUUUCAAUACUUCUACUUUGCAAGAACUACAGGUGUCCCUAGUGUAAUUUUUAAAAGCAAAAUGUAAAAGUUAUUUGCUCUUAGAAACUGCAAUUCCUAGAAGCCUUGUUUCCAAAGUCCACUGAUGAGGUCAAGAUUUCCAACUCAUUUUUCCAAAUAGAUGAUAUUGGACCCUCCUGCAUUCUCUCCUCCCCCAUCAAAUCUCCAGGCUGACAGUUCAGCCUCUUCUACCAGCUAGAGGAAGGCCUCAAAAGGGGCAAGAGCCAAUUAAUGAGUCAUUCGGGAGGGACCAGCUCCAGAGCAACAUGGAAAACGCCUAUGUUCCCAAAGGCAAUGUGCCUUUUGGAACACAUAGCAGUGGGGGUGGGGGAGGCCUGGGAGGGAGGCAAAGCUCUGGAGUGAAAGAUCUGACUGCAGCUGACUCUCUUUCCCCAAGAAAAACAGUGUAGGAAAAAAAAAAAAGAAAAAAAAACAUGUAGGAGAAAGCUCAGAAUUUGGCCUUCUUCCUUGGGCUUUUUUGUUUCCUCAGUGGAUAACAUUCAGCAAUCUUCCAAAUAAUGCUGAAAAUCAAAACCCACAUGACUGCCCCUGCAAUUCCACUAGGCCAUUGUUUUGUUCUGAUCCUUGCAGUGUAGUGAUUUUGACUCCUCUCUAGACUGAGAAAACAAGAGUGGUGAAGAUCAAAGUGUUUGAGGCCGGAAUCAGGAGAACAGAAGUUUGAGUUCUCACUUUUCUGGCAGCUUAUUUACAUGUGAGAUAUUGAGCAGGUCAGUCCUUUGCAAUGGACUUGGUUUCCUUAUAUGUGAAAGAAAGGGUUUGGAUUGAAUGAUCUAAGGUUCCUUUCUGUGAUCAUUUUAUGUCCUCAGGCCUUCUAGCUCUGAAGCUGUUCUACAUUUUAAGAUCACAAUUAGCCCUUGCAUUGUAAAUUUUGAGAUUCCUCUCCUCAUCUUCUAGCUCUAAAAGUUUAUGGUUUAUAAUCUAGUAUUCCAUGUUUAAAAGACCCAUAAUGCUAACAUUCUGUGGUUCCAGCUUUUGAAUCAGGUAAUCAGGUAUUCAAGCAUUUCUCUUUCCCCCUCUCCCAAAUAAUUGACACCAAAGUGGUACAAAAAAACUUGAUUUGUUUAUCUAAUAAUGAAAAAUAUUUUUCUUUUUUAUACAUUAUGUGACUAUUAUAAUAGCAUCUGUGCUAUUUUUACAUGUGAAUAUCUGGAACUAGUCAUUCAACAAUAAAUAUAUGGCAGGAUACAAGA